ACUGGUUUAUGUUUUAAACCGAGGGGAGGAGACAAACAGACUGGCAGUAGCACGAGCAUCAGCAUCUGAGAGGCAGCGUGCAUCCCGUCUGAAAGCAGCGCGAGCGGGCAUACAGGGUAAACAACACACCGCCACCAUUUUACUACUGUUCCUAUGAUUUUCUUAUUCAAUGGACGGACUAUUUCUCAAUCCCCGAACGAUGACGGACGUCAACGGCAACAGUAAGAUGAUGAACGCGGAGCUGGAGGUGAAAAAGCUUCAAGAGCUCGUCCGAAAAUUGGAGAGACAAAACGAACAGCUGCGGACGAGAGCAAACGUGGCGAACAAUUGCACCUCCAGCGCCCGACUGUCAUCGUCACCGACACCGGCCUGUAUCAUCGGCCCAGACACCGCUCCGUAUUACACGGGGAAUUACGGCGUGUCACCUCCGUCCAGACUUUCCUGCUCGUAUGGAUUAGGCACAUCAGAGGAACGCUAUCCAUAUUUCCAUCCGCAGUCAGUGAGUGAUGCUGCUGUGGAUGAUGCUACUGUACUGGAUGAGGUGGAAAUUCUGGAUAUUGAUGUUGUUCUUUCCUGCGAUGGAGAAUCUGAUCAUAACUGGUUAUAUGUGUCUCCAAAAGCCAAGCUGUUUUCUCAUCUUCUCCUGAGCCCUCUUCAGUGGUGUAGACAUGUACUGGACAACCCCAAACCGGAGGUGGAAUUAGCCAAACGCUCAUUGUGCUACAAACUGGACCAAGCCAAAAGAUGGAGAGGGGUCCUCACGAACUGUGCUUCAAGCGCUCUUUACAGCCCUGUUGAUGGACUCUCAUCUGUAACCAGCUGUUCUAAACCCUUUACUAAACCUGCAUUAACUGAACCAACAGAUCCGUCUUCACUACAUCACCAGCAGUCUGGCACAGCGAGGAACUGUUCAAGUCUAACCGAGAGAUCUCCCACAUUUCUCUACCACACGGCUUCACACAAUAAUAUUCAUCAGCCACAGCCUCUCAGUCCUCAGUCUUCCAUUGACAGUGAACUCAGUGUCUCUGAGCUGGAGGAGGACUCUAUCUCUAUGAGCUAUAAGAUUCAGGACAUGACAGAUGUGGAGGUCAUGGCUCGACUGCAGGAGGAAAGUCUACGACAGGAGUACGCGACCACCGCUGCCACAUCCACACGCCGUAGCGCCAGUUUUUCGGUGCACGCGGGUGCUCGCAGGGGUAUGAGAAGUGAGACUGACCUGGAGGAAGAAGAGGAAUACGAUCAGCUGUCGGUUCCUCAGCCGCGACUCUUUCGUACGGCUUCGAUGCAGCGCAGCGCGUCUCAUUCACACAGCCUCUUCAGCGCAAAAGACUGCAGGCGCAGCCCCUCCACACCUCAGCACCUCGACAGCCUGUCCCACCAGCAACUACACAUAUCCAGCACAGCAGAGCCACAGAGUUACAGAGCCACUACAGACAAGUUACGGAGGAGUAUGCCAAACCUACUUCGAGCUCCCAGCAUUCCCAAUGUACUUAGCGGGCCCAGUGUUUCUGCUCUGACUGGCCACAAUGCCACAUCGACCUCAUCUUUGUCGUUACUCCGAAACAGUCAGAGUUUCGAUUCUCACAGCGGUCUCGCUAAGAUACAGUCUGCAAUUCCAUCUCCCGGUCAGUUACAGCAGCGAGUUCAGAGCGUUGGCAACUUCGCAAUGACAACACGUCCACCUCUGAAAGCCACAGCCUAUGUUAGCCCAACAAUACAGAGUCCCACCACAAUGCCUUCCUCUGUUAGCCUCAACUGUAUCCCCAGCAGUAGUAUCCCUCUUCCCAGCAAACCCAGCACUCCUUCCACCACAAGUCGCAGUGCUCUACCUCGACCGGCCUCUUUUAUCGGGACAAGUGGUGCUUCACGCAGUAAAAUUGCUCAGCCUGUACGCAGUUUACUGACACCACCGAAGAGUGUAGCUGCAUUGAGCACCCUGCGUGAUGGGAGUUGGAGGGAUGGCUGCUAUUAAGAUCUGCUGUGCACACUGUCCUAAAUCGUUUCGGACCCAGCUGGCUGGGCACACCUUUUGCUUAUAAACUUAGUGGAAUUAAUCAAAUAAUAUGAACAUAAUGGCGAUUCAAAGUGAAGUUGGAAAGUACUGUUAACAAAUGCAAUAUUAUUGGCUAAACACCAGAGCAUCAUGCAUACAAAUGUUUACAUGCAAGUAAUUUCCCAAAUUGCAGCACAAUUUUUAAUCGCUUAUACCAAGCAUCAAAUGAUAAGAUUAAUAGACUGUGAUAAUAUUCAUUUUACGAUUACAAAGAUUUUUGGUUGAUAUUAUGAUUUAAAUAAGGCGUAUUUGCUGCUACCCAAAUAGCACUUUUACUGUUUACUUGCAUUGUUACGUUAGAAAUCCUAUAGUGCAAGAAACGGCUAAACGGCCAGCAUUUCUGUAAUGGCACACUUGCAUUCCAUUUUAUAAUGUUGGCAAAUAUUUUGCAACCAGAAAAUAAAGUGAUCAUUUAAGAAAUGUGGACUAAUGCAUUUGUUUAAACAAUUUAUGUUACAUGAAUGGCAAAACAGUGUUAAAUGUACAAAUGCAGCCUUUCUAGAUUGUGUGUUUACAUGAUGCUUAUUAUGUAGAGGACUGUGGAUGACAUAUUUGCACAUCAGAAACAAUUGUGUUUCACUUUUAUAAAACAGGGGUUAUGAUGGAAGGGAAAUUAAAUGGGUUUUGAAGUGAAUUAUAACUUUGCCAGAAUACGUUUCUUGCCUGAAACAGAUGAAGUCAAUAAAAGGGAACUAUGGUACUAUAGAGAGUUCAUUUGACUGCUGUACAACUUAAGUACAUUAUUUAUGUUUGUGCAUAGCUUUGCACCUGCAUAUAUGUGAAAUAUAUGUGUAACACUGGUAUCUGAAUGCAUUUAAGCACAUUAAAAUAACCAAGAUUAGCUAAAAGUAAAGCAAACUGUAUACAUACAAAAUGUCAAUCUGGUGAAGAGUGGAAACCUUGUAAUAUGGUAAAUAAGCAGUGUUUAUAGUAUAAGAGUAACUUUUUCCAAAGCAACUUACAGUAAAUUACAGAAGUGUCCUAGGAAAUAUCUUACUUGUAGGGAGAUAUUAACUCAUAACCUCCUGGUUUUUAGCAAUGAGCUUUGACAACUGUUUGAGUAACGGUCUCCCUUUAUUCUGUGCUUAAAGACCAUGGGCUGCGUUCCCCGAAACCUUCUUAGCUCUACGUCGUUAUUAAGUUGUACCUUAAGGUUUAACUUAAGAGUCUUCGUAGCGCGCUAAGAGACAACGUUAUCGGGAAACGCAGCCCAUAAUGGUAACUGUUGCCCUUUCUUAUCAGCCUUUGUCAUCCGUGUAUCAUCAAUUAAAAUCCACCUGUUACCUUAGCUUUAAAAAAAUACUUUCAUGCAUCCAUUUCACCUUGGACCCAAUGGGUGUCCAUAACAGUUUGCUGUUUUUUACCUAUAAAGAUUUAUUACAAAAUAAAUAAACUGUCUUCACACUUGAAUCCUUACAGCAAAUUUAAUCACCAAGCUUUCGGUCAAAAGACCAUCCUCAGGGCAAUAAAGAUUUAUUUUUAAAGACCUAUAAAGAUUUAUUACAAAUGAAAUGAGUUUAUGAUUUUUAUUAUUUAUGAUACUGGGGGUUAGUAUUUAUUUUUUGUUUUUAAGUUAAAACCACAGUUAAGGUAAAGUUUCUUAUAUUUUAUAACAUUAUUCAGUCAUAUAAUUAUACUUUAUUUUCUCCUGUAGAUGGCAGCAAAACAUCUGUUCAGUGUUAACCACACCUUCUGUGUGAGUCAAGAAAGCCUAGUCCAGUCAGUGGUUUUCAAACUUUUUCGGCAUGUGGCCCCUUCGUGGCCCCCCAAAGAAUAUUUAUGACAUAAAACUUUCCAUUCCAAAAUUUAAAAUUUGAAUUAAUUAAACAAACAUAUUAAAUUAUACAAUGUUGUGCUGCUGAUUAUUUUUUGAGGUUCAAUUACACAUUAUUUUAAAAAAGGCCAUUAAACGGGGGGCCCCAUGGCACCAUCUCAAUGGGUCAUGGUUGACCCCCCAGUUUGAAAACCACUGGCCUAGACCAAAAUGAAUAGGGGCUUGUACCAUGAA